GCCCCGGCCGGAGAGGCCGGCCGAGGAGCUGGGUGGAGGGAGAAAACACCGAAGGAGAAGCGGCGGAGGGCGGUCCGCCAAGGGAGGAGCGCGUAGCCCGGAGGAGGGCGGAGGAAGGUCCACCCCGGCGCGACCGCAGACCCGACCGACGGGCUCCCGGGGACAGCCGGCACGGCCGGAACUGCAGCGGCCGCGCGGGAAUGGGCCGCCCCGCGACCUGACGCCGCCGCUCCGCCAGAGCCAUGGACGGGGACGCCAUCUGCAGCGCGCUGCCUCCCAUCCCCUACCACAAGCUCGCCGACCUGCACUACCUCAGCCGCGGCGCCUCGGGCACCGUGUCGUCGGCUCGCCACGCGGACUGGCGCGUGCGGGUGGCCGUGAAGCACCUGCACAUCCACACGCCGCUGCUGGACAGUGAAAGAAAUGAUAUCUUGCGAGAAGCUGAAAUACUACAUAAAGCUAGAUUUAGUUACAUUCUUCCAAUUUUGGGAAUUUGCAAUGAGCCUGAAUUUUUGGGCAUAGUUACUGAAUAUAUGCCAAAUGGAUCAUUAAAUGAACUUCUACAUAGAAAAACUGAGUAUCCUGAAGUUGCGUGGCCGUUGAGAUUCCGCAUCCUGCAUGAAAUCGCCCUUGGUGUGAAUUACCUGCACAAUAUGAAUCCCCCUCUCCUUCAUCACGACUUGAAGACUCAGAAUAUCUUGUUGGAUAAUGAAUUUCAUGUCAAGAUUGCUGAUUUUGGUUUAUCAAAAUGGCGCAUGAUGUCGCUCUCUCAAUCACGAAGUAGCAAAUCUGCCCCCGAAGGAGGAACAAUCAUCUAUAUGCCGCCUGAGAACUAUGAACCUGGGCAGAAGUCGAGGGCCAGCGUGAAGCACGACAUAUACAGCUAUGCAAUUAUCAUGUGGGAAGUCUUAUCAAGAAAACAGCCUUUUGAAGAGGUCACCAAUCCUUUGCAGAUCAUGUACAGUGUGUCCCAGGGACGUCGGCCUGACACCAGCGAGGAGAGCCUGCCGUUUGACAUUCCUCAUCGCGGUCUCAUGGUCUCUCUGAUACAGAGUGGCUGGGCACAGAACCCAGAUGAAAGGCCGUCUUUCUUGAAAUGCUUAAUAGAACUUGAACCGGUUCUGAGAACAUUUGAAGACAUAACUUUUCUUGAAGCUGUUAUUCAGUUAAAAAAAACAAAGAUACAGAGUGCCUCCAGUACUAUUCACCUCUGUGAUAAGAAAAGGGAUUUAUCGUUGAACCUAUCUACAAACCAUCCUCCACAAGAGGAAUCAUGUGGAUCAUCUCUGCUCUCCAGAAACACUGGUUCUCCUGGAACCUCCCGGUCCCUGUCAGCUCCUCAAGACAAAGAUUUUUUGUCUGGACUAUCUAGUGAGUGCUCUACCCUAAUGACAUGUCCUGUAGCAGGACCUCAGGACUGCUCCUCGUUGAAGCUGCGUCACUGUCCUGGAAACCACAGCUGGGACGGCACCGUUUCUGCGUCACAGAGGGCAGCCGUCUGUGAGCACAGACCCACCCUGUGCUCUCUGGCUAUAAUAAAUCCACUGCUGGCUGAGAAAAGUGCAGAGCGUCUCCAGCCUGGUAUAGCCCAGCAGUGGAUCCAGAGCAAGAGGGAAGACAUUGUGAGCCAAAUGACGGAGGCCUGCCUUAACCAGUCACUGGAUGCCCUUCUGGCCCGGGACUUGAUCAUGAAGGAGGACUAUGAACUCAUUUGUACCAAACCAACAAGGACCUCAAAAGUCAGACAGUUACUAGACACCAGUGACAUCCAAGGAGAGGAAUUCGCCAGAGUUAUAGUACAGAAGUUGAAAGACAACAAGCAAAUGGGACUCCAGCCUUACCCAGAACUGCCUGUGUUUUCCAGAGCACCAUCGUCAAAUUUUCUUCAAAAUAAAAGCUUGUGAGUGAGUUUUUGAGAGGAAAGUCAGUUUACAAAUGGUUAUUUAUAUGUCUGUUACCUGGAUAAUAUUUGUAUAAAUACAUAAGUGUAUUGGAUGCUUCACUGAAGGUUUUUUGGAAGAGAUGAGUAUGUCUCCUUCCAUGACAUUGCAGUAUUUUUUUAAUUAAUAUAAACUUUUGCAUUAUGCCGUGUAGUUCAGUUUUUUAUGUCAGCUUCAUUACUUGAACCUUUUUUAUGUAAUAACUACAUUUUUCUUGGACAUCACAGUGCCUUAAGGUAAGCCUUUGUUUCUGAUGGAAGACAUUUCUAAACUCCCUUCCUCUGUAGCUUUCAUUGUUCCUCUAAAGUGCAUUUUGACUUUAUGUAGCAGUGAUACAAUAUUCCCACUCUGCAAUCCCAAAUUCAGAUCCCCAAAGAGUUACUCCUUUUUUAAAGCUUAUCCACAAAAAUUUUAGAAGGUUGUUUCAAGGUACACAACGUGUAUAAAGAAGACCAAAACUGUCUUUAUUACCACUGGCCUUCCAUCCUGCCUCUGCCUCCCCUCUGUCAGCAGAGUGAGCGGCCCAGUGUGCAUUCUGACGCAGCUGCUUUCUGCUCCUGUCUUGGGCACAUGCUGGUUGAAUAGAAGCCGGUCCUGUUGCUGUUUUCCUUGUAGCACAGCACUGUCUGCACACUGCAGGGUGUCGCAGGUCCGGUCUCCCAGCUUAGAUGCACAUCUGACUCAGUCUGUUCAACUCCCACACAACAGGCACGCUGCUCCAGUUUCUAUUUUCUAAGCUUGUUCACACCAACGUCACCACAAACAAUAAAAAGACAAUACAAUGUGACUCUUUUUUUCCCUUGGGCUGCUAGCUUACAUCACUAAAGGGAACCCUUAAGAAGUGAUACCUUCUUCUGAAAACUGUGUAGCACUGUUAGUGAAAAGUGAGAAACGAUAAAUUUGAAAACGCAAACUUGUGAAAUGCAGCAGACUCAGAACCUGAACAACUAUGAAUAAAGGAUCAAAGGACUUAAUGGCAUUAGACAAUGAAAUCGUCUGUAUUUGCAAUAGGAAUGUAAGCUCCAGGGUUGGGGAGAUGAAGCAACACUUGCACAGGACAAAGAUCCUCCCAGCACCCAUAUGACAGCUCACAGCCAUGAGUAAUUCCAGUCCCAGCUACCUAAACUCUCUUCUGGUCUCUGGCACCAGGCACAUACUCAGUGCACUUACAUGCAGGCAAAACACUCGUAUACAUAAAGUAAUAGGGAAAAAUUUUUAAAGAAUUUAAAUUCCAUUUUAAAAUGACAUUAAUCUAUGCUCUGACUCUUAUGGGACUUCCAGAAACACAUAAAUUUAUAGGGAAAUAUGAAAAUUAGAUUCAUGAGUUGUCUUAAAUUCUUUUUAAAAAAUUAAAAUAGAAACGUAGGUGUAGUGGCACACACCUGGUAUCCUAGAACUUUGGAAAUGGAAGCAGACAGAGUUCAGAGUUGACCUCAACUACCUAACAAGUUCAAAGCCAGCCUGUACUAUCUGAAAUCUUGUCUCCAAUAAAUAAACAAACAAACAAUAACAAAAAGAUUAAAUUUAGGGGGGAGAAAAGUAGGGUUUUUUGUUUGUUUUUUAAGAUUGGUUUUACUCUCCAUGCCUGUCCCUCCUCCCUCAUGUGUGUGUAUUUAAAAUUACCUUUUAGAAUAGCGAUGCCCUCAGCUGAGUAUUGGUGGUGCAUGCCUGUAAUCCCAGCACUCAGGAGGCAGAGGCACGUGGCUUGCCUGGUCUAUAGAGCGAGUUCUAGGACAGCCACGGCUGCACAGAGAAACUCUGUCUCAAAAAAAAAAAGGAAUAAUAAUAAUACUGAUGCCCUCAAAUGGACUUUUAUACUGAUGUAUGUGGUUUAUGUAAAUUGAUAAGAUGAACUCUGCCCUGGUCUUCCACUUACUACGAAGUCUCCAGUUCAUGGUGUGUGAGCCUCUAUCUGUAGUUACAUGCUUGUUACCCACCGUUUUUCUCUGGUGAUUUACUGUAAGGAAGACACGUGUAUAGUCACCCACCCAUUGUCACAGCCGGAACAAACUCUACAUUAAGACACAUACUGACCAGUCAUAGUGGUGUUGAGGAUCCAGACGAAUGUGCCGUGAGCGCCUCUCUGCAUAGAAUGAAAUCUCAGCAGAGGAUUGUCACUGCGACCUGAUGUUUGCAUGUCUGUGUUUCGAGGGGAGGUGAAACACUGCUGAGUGUGACCAGUCAGCACAGAGCGAGGCCUGGCAUGAUGCCGGCACUCUUUAAAUAGCUCAUGAGUACAGAGAUGAAGGCUUCAGAAGGGAACAAGAUGCUCUCUGUGAGACUUACUUCCCAAAAUGCAUGCAAAUACAGUGGAUGGUAGGUAGAACAAAGAGUCAGAACUUUUUCUCCUUUGAGCCACAUAAUAAUGUUUUUGUUUUGCUGGUUUUGAACCCUCUUGUUAAGUAAAGGAAAAGGGCUUAAUUUUGUGCCAAUUGUGUGUGCUUAGUUUUAAUCGACCUUAUUAAAGAAGAAUAGAGUUCAAGCACAGAACUUCACAAACAACAUCCAGCAAGAAUUUUAUAAUUAUUUGUAACUUUCCCUUCGAAGAAGACUUUCUAUACAGGAGGAAUGGUACUGGUUUUCUUUGUGAUAUAAUGUGUAAAGUUUUAUAAUACACAAAUCAAAUGACAGUGUAAAGUAUAAGUAAAUUAUAGUAAAGACAGUUCUUUAGCAGGCUAGCAGUCUCUGAAAUAGCAGAAGGAAAUGUGAAGAUUCAGUCACCCCAGGGCAGCACGGAUGUCUCUGUAACUAGACAGUGCUGGAUGGAGGUGGUGUCUUUGUAGUGCCCAGGCCCUACAAAUACAGUCCAGAGUCAGCAUCACGUGGUUCACAAGAAACUUAAGUUCAUGACCUCUCUGUGUGGGGCUGAGGUCCAGCAAUGUUUUAACCAACUGUGUAAGCAGUUCUUAUCAUGGCUAGCAUUCAAGGCUCUUGUUUGUAUGGAACAAAAUAUAAAAUAAUUUUUCCUUAGGCUCGCAGAUCUCUCUGCAUGAUGUCUUUUUUGCCACAUUUGUCUUGAGAAUGUGUAGUCUCUGAACUAAGAUUUGGAUGGAGAAGUUUAGGUUAUGCCCCCACCUGACAUUCCCGUCGGUCAUGUUGCAUUUUGGAAAGGCCACCUA